AUGGACAUCGAGUAUAGACGGAGAGCUCCGGUCUCUAUCUCAGCAUUCUCAGCCAAGGUCGGCGUCUUCAACCUUAUUAUGGCGAUUUUUCUGGACAAUGUCGUCAGCCAGCAGAACAUAAGAAAGCAGAAGGAGAUCUCCGAGACGGCGCUCAAAGCCGAAGUCAACAUCAAGCGUGUUGUGGCCCAGAUAGUGAGUGAGGAAGAUGCGUGCGAGCUCAUCCCGGAAGAGUUCGACAGACUCGACACGAGAAGUCAGAACAAGGUGCUCGAAAAGGCGCUGUCCAGCGCAUCGAUCACUGUGACACGGGACAGAUUUCUGAAGUGGCUGUCCCACGACGAUUUUACCGAUACCUUGGAGAGUGCCUUCAUCGACACCUCCAUAC